CUGUCUCUCUCUCUCUCUCUCUCUCUUUCUCUCUGUGUUACAGGAGCCAAUAUCAUCAUAUCCUUCACUUUGCAUUGGGAUCGUUCUCUUUGACCUUCAUGGCUCUCCUCAUCGCCAUUGCCCUCCUCUCGGCAUCUCUCGCCGCCGCCGCCGCCCUCCUCCUCGCCUCGCGGCGGCGGCGGCGUCUCCCCCUGCCGCCGGGGACACUCGGGCUGCCCCUCGUCGGGGAGACCCUCCAGCUCAUCUCCGCCUACAAGACCGAGAACCCGGAGCCCUUCAUCGACGAGCGGGUGGGGCGGUUCGGGACCCUGUUCACCACCCACGUCUUCGGCGAGCCUACCGUCUUCUCCGCCGACCCGGAGACGAACCGGUUCAUCCUGCAGAACGAGGGGCGGCUGUUCGAGUGCAGCUACCCGGGCUCGAUCGCGAACCUGCUCGGGAAGCACUCGCUGCUGCUCAUGACGGGCGGGCUGCACAAGCGGAUGCACUCGCUCACCAUGAGCUUCGCCAACUCCUCCAUCAUCAGGGACCACCUGCUGGUCGACAUCGACCGGCUGGUCCGGCUCAACCUCGACUCCUGGUCCGACCGGAUCUUGCUCAUGGAGGAGGCCAAGAAGAUAACGUUUGAGCUGACGGUGAAGCAGCUGAUGAGUUAUGAUCCCGGAGACUGGACGGAAAGCUUGAGAAAGGAGUACGUCCUCGUCAUCGAAGGCUUUUUCACCCUCCCCUUUGCCCUCUUCUCCGCCACCUACCGUCGCGCCAUCAAGGCAAGGACGAAAGUGGCGGAGGCACUGACUCUGGUGGUGAGGUGGAGGAGGAAAGAGCGCGAGACCGGCGCCGAGAAGGAGGACAUGCUGGGGGCUCUGCUGGCUGGGGACGGCGGAUUCUCCGACGAGGAGAUCGUGGACUUCCUGGUGGCUCUGCUCGUCGCCGGCUACGAGACCACCUCGACGAUCAUGACCCUCGCCGUCAAGUUCCUCACCGAGACGCCUCUCGCCUUGGCCCAACUCAAGGAAGAGCACGAGAAAAUCAGGGCAAAUAAGAAUCGAUCCGAGGGGUUAGAGUGGAAUGAUUACAAGUCCAUGCCUUUCACACAGUGUGUGAUCAACGAGACACUGCGAGUCGCAAACAUUAUCAGUGGGGUAUUCCGACGGACGAUGACUGACGUCCAAAUAAAAGGUUAUACGAUUCCAAAGGGGUGGAAGGUCUUUGCUUCGUUUAGGGCUGUUCAUCUAGACCACGAAUACUUCAAAGAAGCUCGCACUUUCAAUCCUUGGCGGUGGCAGAGUAACGCGGCGUCGAGCAGCGCGGUCAAUGUCUACACACCGUUUGGAGGAGGGCCGAGGCUGUGCCCGGGAUACGAACUCGCGAGAGUAGAAAUCGCUGUCUUCCUUCACCACCUAGUCACUAGUUUCAGUUGGGCCACAGCUGAGGAAGAUAAGCUGGUGUUCUUCCCGACCACCCGGAUGCAGAAGCGAUAUCCCAUCAAUCUCCAGAGGCGGAACAUACCCUUGUAAAAUAUAAGAAUCGGCAAACUACUUCGGCGGUUGAAUCGAUUGAUUAGUAGGGCACAGUUUUGGCUAAUAAACUGGGGUUGAACAUCAGGGAGGGGAAAUGGGAUCAUCUGCUGAAGUAUAUGUACAUAUGCAGCCAAAAAAAAAUCUUUUGCGGCCUUGUGCAAGCCCCAUUUGCCUGAACGUCCUUGUAUUUUCAGAAUCUCGCAAUUCUUUUGCACAUAUAGAAUUGAAUACUCUACUUAAGCAUCGGCAAUGCACUCCUCAAUUGUGGUUCUUUUUU